AUGUCACCUGAAGAUGAAUUAAUUGAACAAUUUCGACAUGAACUUCCAUUAACAAUUGGUGAUGAAUUAAAAACUUUACUUAGUUCAUUUAGUGGUAAAGAUGAUACAUUUUAUGUUUUACUUGUUAAUGAAAAUACUAUUGCUAUUGAUCAUGCUAUGAAUCAAUUACAAGAAGGAAAUCUUUCCAAUUGUUAUACAUAUGAAACACCACGAAUAAAAACUCUUGUUGUUGCUCGUUAUGUUGAUGAUGGUAAAUGGUAUCGUGCAUGGAUUAAAUCAAUUUGUUUACAACGUAAACAAGCAAUUGUAUUUUUUGUUGAUUUUGGUAAUGAAAGUACUGUUAUGUUUUCGGAUAUAUAUCCAUGUCCAGAAUCUGUUCGUAAACUUCCAUGGCUUGGUAUACGUGUUCGUUUAACAAAUGAUACAAUGACACAUGAUGAAUUAGCAACAUUUUGGAAAAUUGCUGAAUCAAAUUAUAUAUGGAUUAAAAUUUUAGACAUAUUAAAAGAUUCCUAUAGUAUACAAAUUAAAAUUGAUUAUACAAUUCUUCUUCGACAAGAACGUAUGAAAUCAUUAGUAUCUAAUCGAUCUGUCCAUAUAGGUGUACAAACAAUAUUCAAUGAAAGAUCGAUAUCAACAAUAUGUCCAUCGAAUAGUUCAGAUAUAAAUUCAUGUUUAAUGACACCAUCAAUCAAUGAUCAAAGUCAAAUUGGAAAUGAAAGUUUAAUUCGAAAUUUAUUUGAAAUGAUUAGUAAUGAAUUACGUCGCCUUCGAAAUCGUAUUAAUGAUAGUGAUGAAACAUCACAAGAUCGUCAUAGUCAAUUAAUGCAAUUAUUAUUUUCAUCAUUUAAUUUAAAUAAUAGUAAUAAUAAUAAUAAUAAUCAAAAACGAGUUUAA